GCUUUGAAAUUGUUCCAGGCCAGCUCUCUCAGUCAGCUUCUUUAUGGUGCACAACUGGGCCUUUUUAUUCCCUUGGAAGCAGGCCAAAGAGAUUUUUGAGAACUAUUCUUCAAGUACCCUGCUAGAUCCCAAAUGCAGCUCUGCAGUUGGAGGCUCUAGACCUUCUCUUCUGCUUCUCAUUGCUUUGUUCUCCUUGGCUCUGCAAUGGCCUGAGGUAACAAGAGCCCUCCCCACCAUGCCCCUCUCCAGUCUCUUUGCCAAUGCGGUACUAAGAGCCCAGCAUCUGCACGUACUUGCCACAGACACCUUCAAGGAAUUUGAACGUACCUACAUUCCAGAAGACCAGCGACAGUCCAACAAGAAUUCUCAGUUUUGUUACUCUGAAACCAUCCCUGCACCCACUGGGAAGGAUGAUGCCCAGCAAAAAACAGAUAUAGAGCUACUCAGAUUUUCACUGACCCUCAUUCAGUCAUGGCUAAGUCCUGUGCACCACCUCAGCAGGAUGUUCAGUAACACACUGGUCUUCGGAACCUCGGACAGAGUCUAUGAAAAACUCCAAGACCUGGAAGAAGGUAUCCAGACUCUUAUGCGGGAGCUAGAAGACGGGAACUCUCGGGGCCUUCAACUCCAUAGACUCUCCUAUGACAAAUUUGAAUCUAAUCUCCAGAUCCGAGGUUCUUUGCUGAAAAACUAUGGCCUUCUGUCCUGCUUCAAGAAGGAUCUCCACAAAGUGGAGACCUAUUUGAAAGUGAUGAAAUGUCGACGUUUUGGAGAAAUUAACUGCACCAUUUGAAAGCUCUACCUCUCAUCUGCUUUUUGCAUGUUGUUUUCUAAUACUUGCUGAAGCCUCUGCUGUGAUCUCCUGCAUAUCUGAGCCAAGUCACGCACUCAGUGUACUGCAUGCCAUAGUGCUGCUGUUUUAUGAGGUGAUGACCCUCUCUCUGCACUUGCUUGUACUUUUUUAACAGUAACAAAUUUGCUUCUGAAGAAUAAAUGUUGUAAGCCUGA